GAGCCUCGUAAACCGGAGUGAUUCUAACACUCACGCGUAUAUUUCAGUAGGGUUAUUUAAAAAUGGCGGACGCAUCGUCUUCCGAUACUACCUCAGAUUGUUGCAAUGAAUGGUUCUCUGAUAUUACCUCCGAAAAAUCGGAAUACGUUAUAGUGGGACAGAAGCCGUUCGUCUCACAUCGUCGCAGUAAAAGGCAUUUCUUACAAAAGCUAUUUUUAAGAGAGAUCAGAGGUUGUUUAUCAGCGCACAAUUAUGCAUCAGAGGAAAGACUUUUUGCUACUGUACCUUCAUGGAGACAUUUACCCCUUUUACAUGUAAUCCCAAAAUCAGCACUAGAGGCAGGACACAUUGUAAUGGGAUUGACACAAUGUGGUCAGUUUUUACUUACAUACACAUACACCAUGGAUGUGAGUGGUACUACCUCUUUGUACAAAUACUUGUUACAUUGGUGGGCUUUUACUCCAAACCAUGUUGCACGUAAAGUUGCAGAGGUCACACUUUUUGGUAAUUACACUAUCUACAGAGAACUUAGUAUUGUUAUAUCUCAAUGGCCAAUGGAAAGGAAUAAGCUAGUAAUACAUGGUCUUUGUACAAACUGGCUGCACCUUCAACCAACAGACAGAGCAUACUUAACAAUAACUACUGUACCAUCUCUUGAAAACUGUAAGGACUGUUUAAAAGUUGCUGCAUCCUAUGAAGAAGAGGGUGAAGAGUUAGCAGCAAACUGGGAUGGUUGUGUACGAUGUAACUGUCUUCAACACGGACUCACUGUUCAUACGACCUACGAAGUAAUUUCUCCAUAUCCUAGGUUCCGUGCUACUGUCUGUUUGAAUUACUGGAAUCAUGUGGUAGUUAACACAGGCAACUUUUUACAUGUGCUUAGGGUGGACUUGGACAUUCCGAAAUCGAAAAAUCAGAAGUCCAGUGAUAAACAGGACACUGUAAUUUCGGACUCAGUGCCACUAGACAUGAGUGACGUUGAGGAAUUGGACUACACCAAGGGUGUGGAACGGUAUGAGAGUUCUGACGAGAAAGUGGGCACGCCCGAGUGUACCGAAUUGAGUAUAGAACAUGACUUUCUAGAAGAACCAAUUAAAUUAGAUGAUAAGUUAGUCCGUGAUUCGUUAAAUACCUCAAGCAGCAAUCAAAGCGACUGUGUCUGUGAUAUAAAUAAAUCUAUCGAUUCCGUAAGUGUUAAGUCGUGCGAGUGCUUGGACGUAAGUGAGUGUAAAUGCUCGCGAACUGAGCAGCAGGCGAUUUCCGUGAGGGACAAGAUUCUGCAGGACUUCUGCGAGGACAUGUCCCAGGAACUGAAUAUUGGUAGUGAUCUAAUUACUCUAGUAAAACAUCCAUCGUGUUCCCCGCGUUCCACGCCCCAAAGGCUUCCUUCUGAUCUCAAGACGAUGACCUGGUCUUCGCCCAUUCUCACGCCACCCUCGGAUAUCCUGAGAACCAGGAAUUCAGAGUCUAGUCACAAGAGCACGCGCAGUCAACGCUCAAACUCCCCUCAACCUGGUGCUUCGAAGGACAGCAACGUCACGUCUGUCAAUUCUCCCCUUCAUUCGAUCUCUAUGAGCCCAUCCUCUUCGAGAUUGAUGUCGCCGCCCAUCUCUAGGUCCUUUCGCCACCCCAGUCCACGUAAACGAUCUAAUCUACACUCUCCGCCGCCUAUGGUGAACUCGACGCAGUCGAGGACUACCAGAGCAACGCACAAGCUUAUCCUCGAGGCUGAGAAGGCUUACGAAUUCACGGACGAAGCGCAGGAGACCUGUGAGAAGCUCAGCUCGUUCAGAAAACGUAGAUUGGCAGACAAAAAGUACGAGUUUUGUGAUGAAACUGAGGACGCAGAGAACAUAGUUCCUUUCAAGCAUAUAAGGGAUCAAUUUAAGCAUCGGGGCUGUUCCAUACACCAGAUACCAUCCUCUCCAACCAUGUCGCCUGCCCUGCCAAAUGGUAAGAAGCAUUGGGUGGAUUCUGACCAGAGUGAAACAGACGAAUUCAAUGUUAGUCAGGAUAUCGGCGUGUCCGGUGACUUAACUGUGGAUUCAGCGGAGAAAAAUGUGCUGCGUCCAUUGAACCAAAAUCAGCUACCCAAUGGAGGCAUAAGCAGGGAUCGUUCUAGCAAAUAUUCCGUGAAUUCUUCACCACUUGUUCCGAAAAUAAAUUUACAGUAUCCUAGUAUAAAGUGCACGGCACACUUUAAAAGGAGCUACAUAGAGCUUGACGAUGAAAUGAUAUCGGUUAUCACAGAUGUCGAAGAUGAAGAGACAGGGGGAUAUGUGAGUUAUCAAUGUGUGCUUCCUAUGCACGUCCAUGGGUCUGGAUACGUCCAAAUGCAAAUGAUCAGUAAUAGUAAAGCUGAAAAAUUGAUAGUACCAUGUGUUUCGAUAAAUCAAUUAAGUUUUGAUAUUGAAACAUUCUCUCAUCACAUCGCGGAUUGGAUUUGUAUGAGAUUCAAAAAGAGAUACUGGCAUUGCAGCGACUAUGACAUAGAAAUAAUAGACGUGUGCGCAUUAAGUGGUGACAUUAUCUGUCUAUUAAUCAUGAAGAUUCAGGCUAGUGAAAUUGGCAGUCAAACUCAGUGCUCGCAGGAGAGAAAGCAAUAUGAAGUAGGGUGUAAAUUUACAUGGAACAUAGACACGAGUCAAUACAGAAUAACAGAUAUACUGCCAAUGGAAGAGGUAAAGCCUGAAUCUUGGAAACCAAAUUGUAUGAACGUUCCAAAUUUUCGGAGUCCAUUGUGGAAUCCUACUCGGCGGUUGGCGCCAAAAUUAAGAGAGAAAAUCCAACAACCGUACGCCCACACUGUACGAUUUUUGCAUAAUGAAAUGACACUGGCAGGUGAGUCCAUAACCAGGCUCUACGAUUUGGAUAAUUUGGUGGAAUUUUAUAUAACUCCAAUGCCAAAUUAUUCUUCGAUCGAAUAA